AAAGAUUUAUUUAAUAGCAACACAAAAACCAGAACUAUCAAUAUCGAACGAAUAAUCAAAGAAAUCAACGAAGCUUGGAAUAAUGCGGAUGAUAGAAUUAAUAACGUUCUUCCAUAUCGUAUUCAACCUGAUUUCCUCGCAAAACUCAAAAGAAAUAUAAAACUCGAAGCUCGUCGAUUACAAAAGAAAUUAUCUAAAGAACAUGAAGCCGUUAGAUUAAUGAAUCUGAAUAGUGGAAAUAGUCUGGCAAAUUAUAGCAGGAUUGUACAAUUGCCACCAAAAGCAAUUCAAUUAU